AUGUCGCCCGCAUGCUCCGGUGCCGCUGCUCCGUCCGGCGCCGCUGUAGUCAGCCCGAGCAUAACGCCACUCGACCUGCUCCGUCCGUACACGCUCUCGUUGCUGUCCUUCCCAGUCGGUUCCUCGCUUUCUCCCUCGUCGCACUUAGGGUUCUCGGUCUGAAGAUUCUCGCGCCGAAGGGUCAACCAGCCCAAUCAGCUCGUCACCACCUGUCCCCUCCUCCUUUGAUGGCAAAACCAGGUUACUGAGACAGUACAGCUCCCUCUAACAAACCUAGGGCCGUGUACAUAGUUCCCGUCCACCUUCUGACGGUGUCUGCCUCCGCGCACAAAAAAUGAGAUGGGCAUCGCUGCCUACGCCGACGGCCAGAGGCCCGCGCAUCUACAUUUUUUCGCCUGACCCCAUCAGUGCC